AUGGAGGCCCUUUCACCGCGCUCGACGAACCAGAUGAUUCGGCCGAAGCCUGUUACAGAGCGCAAAAUGACCGACCGAAAUGCUGCGGCUGGACCCGUGCAGAAAUCAUCGUCUUCCAAGAAUCAUGCAGACCCGCCGCCGGCAUUCGUCCCAGAACCUGAAGAUGGCGGAGAGCGGUACUCGAUUGGUGCGUUCUUGGGAAAAGGAGGAUUUGCAGUUUGCUACGAAGGUACGCUGGCGCGAAAUGGCAAGGUGUUCGCCAUGAAGGUAGUGAAGUCACAGAUGCCCCAGAAAAAGAUGGAAGAAAAGGUGAGUGCCACGGAUCCUCCAGGGCAUGGCCGAAGUCAUACACUGACACUCUUUGAGUUCCGAACGGAACUCCAAAUUCACUCCAAAAUGCGCCACCCGUUCAUCGUCCAAUUCUACCGCGCCUUCGCGUUCGAGAAAAGCACAUAUGUUGUUCUCGAACUAUGUCCCAACGGAUCAGUUAUGGAUAUGGUCAAGAAACGACGCUCCCUUACUCUACCAGAGGUCCGCCGAUUUAUGAUUCAGCUUUGUGCCGCAGUCAAGUAUCUACAUAAGCGAUUUGUGGCGCAUCGUGACUUGAAGAUGGGUAACCUGUUUCUCGACCAUAACAUGAACAUCAAAGUCGGAGACUUUGGACUUGCGGCUAUGAUAUUGUCGGACAAAGAUGCGAAGCGUCGGAACACACUCUGCGGAACACCAAACUAUAUCGCACCCGAGAUUCUCGACAAGAGCAAGGGUGGGCACACCCAGAAGGUUGACAUUUGGUCGUUGGGCGUCAUUUUCUUUGCCAUGUUGACUGGAUAUCCACCUUUUCAAUCGAAGACACAAGAGGAAAUCUACAAGAAGGUCCGAACGCUGACAUACGUCUGGCCUAAGGACUCAGACCAUUCCAACUUCAUUCCUGAGGAGGCGAAAGAUUUGGUAAGCGCUUGCUUGAACCUGGUGGAUGAGGAACGACCCGACCCCGACGAUAUUGUCGAGCACCCGUUUUUCAAUAUGUACGAUGGUUGUAUUCCCCGUCAAUUGGAUCCAGCCUGUCGAUUCAACAAGCCAAUUUGGCUUAAAGACGAGUCACCGCGAGGCGACUCUAUGAUGAGUGGAUACGGCCUGGACUCGGAUGAGAAGCUGCGGUCGUACGUAUUUCAGGUCGAUGAUCCCAGCCAGCGGUACCAUUCUUGUAAGGCUGCUUUCUACUCCCUUUGUGGCGUUGGCAAGAAGCCCGAUGGAACACCGCGCAAGUCUGUCGGCCGCAACUGCUCGAAAUCGGCGUAUUCCGAGUGUGAAACAGAAGAUGCUCGAGGUCUCCGCCCAGUGGUUCCUUUGCCGAUGGACUUUGUGUAUAGAUGGCCACAUAAUAUGGAAGGAGACUGGUGUCUCAUGGAGAACUCGCGGAAGACUAUCCGGACCGACACUUCCUCUUUUGAACAAAGCACACUGUCCCAACGCAGUGUUUCCUCUGCUCGGACCAACAGUACAAUGGCCAGUUCCAGAACCAAUGCUGCCCUUGCUGCUGCGCAUCAGCGGAGAAUGGAAGGCCAGAACCACGCAGCAACUCUUCGACAGGCGGCACGAUCUGGCACGCGGACUCUCCGAAACGCCCCGGUCAUGGAUGAUGUCCCUGAACCUCCCUCGCGGUCCCACCGUGAAGUUCAGGAGCCAGAAUAUGCACCGUUAGCCAGCGCGGAACAGCCAGCUGGUGGGCUUGCAGAGCGUCCUAUUCGCACUCGACGGAUGGCUUCGUCAUCGAACGCCCCGACUCUUCGUGGAACAGAAAGGACCGCAGCAGCACCUCAAUUGUCGAAGUCGACUAGCAUGCCAUCUGGCUUGACUAUUGGCAAGACAAGAUCCCAAUCCCGCAUGAUGGAAGCAGCCAAUUAUCCUGCAGCACCGACGACAGAGCAGAAGCUGGCAGCACCCCCGGAAGAGCGGCGGCCCAUGAGUCGGCAGACGACUCUUCGAUCCACAUCACGCCCUGACUUGAAGUUGCUGGCGGAACGAUCGGAGCGACCAAAAUCUACAAUGAGCGACCGACCUCUAAUGCCGGCUCAGCUGUCCCAGCAAGCCCAACCUGCCUCUCAGUCGACUGGUAUCAGCCGGUCCAACAGCAAGAACUCAGCUGGUACCAAGGCUCGUUCCAGCCUGGGACUCAGCCCCUUGUUCCACCAGGAUGAUCUGUGUGAUCUUCUGCCUGGCACUUCGCUGACGGACGUGAACACUGACUUGCGUCUGAUGCUGUCGAACCUCAUCAACCAUGCACCAGCCCGGCGUCGUGGUGGCCCCCGAAAACAGCCACAUGCCUAUGUCAUCAAGUGGGUUGACUACACCAACCGCUAUGGAAUCGGCUAUGUGUUGGACGACGGCAGUGUGGGGUGUGUGUUCAAGGGAGAAAACGGACAGCCCGCCACCAGUGUUGUCGUCCGAGAUGGCGAGAGACACAUUCGGCGCAAGGCGCGCAGUGUCGACAGCGACGAGGGCAAGGGCAUCCCGUAUUCCGAGGCCGAGCAGCUUGUGCCGCGCCACGGCAACGCGGUCGAGUUCUACGAGAACAAAGAUGACGAUCUUCUUGGCUGUCGCGGAAUUCGACGGGCGAUGGUCUCGCCGACUUUGUUCGACUCUGGAAACUCGAAGGUCAUGAAGAUUCGGGUCAACUCGGGAACUGAGGCGGAUCGGUGUGAUGCCGAGAAGAUCAAGCGCGUCAAGCUUGUUGACCAGUUUGGCAAGUAUAUGAUCGGAUCACUGGGUCGCCAUGGCGACGAAGGUCUUGCCGACGGGCCAGCAUCACGACAGACGAGCGGGCAGUUCAUCAAAUUCUACCAGCGACUGGGCAAUGUGGGCAUCUGGGGAUUCGGAGACGGUGCCUUCCAGUUCAACUUCCCUGAUCACACCAAACUCGUCAUUUCGCCUGGUCGCACUCGCAGCUCGUCCCUCUGGAUUGAUUUUUACCACCUUUCGCCCUCGGCUGCUCGGUAUUUUACAGCCAAGGGCAAAAUGCACCCCUCUGGCUUCGAUACUCGUGCUGUUGCUUCCGACGAGGCCGCGGCUUUCAUCAGCAUUGCGAAUGGCAACUCUAGCAACUCGGUCGAAGACCGCAUCCGGGAAAUCCUGGACGCCAACUCGUUUUUGCAGAAAAUCAGUUUCAUCCAGGAAGUUCUGAAGGGCUGGAUCAAGUACGGGCGUCUCGGUGGCCGUCCGUCCUCCAAUCGAACUCCCGCCGGAGAAGACUCCGUGGCGCCGGAGAUGUUCUGGCAAGGCACCCAGGAGCGCUCACCAACCGGAGGCCAUGGAACCAAGUUCGUGUGGGUGACUGUUGGCGCGCCCGAUGGUGAUGGAGAGUAUCGAUCGGUGAUGCUCAAGGAUCCGAUCGGUAGUGGUGCUGGUGGCAGCGACAGAGAGAGACUGGAGAAGAGAGGUGGGAUGAGCGGUGCGAUGAAUCAUGACAAGGAGAUGGAGGUACUCAGGGAGCGGCUGCGGAUGAUGGGCCGUGAGUGA